GGAAAGGUUAUUUUCUGAAAAAAGGAGCUCGCUUUGAAUUCGUUCAGUGUACUGUUUAUUGCUUUGAACAUAGCUUUAAAUAAUAGCCAAUUGUCAGACAGGCUUAGGGGGGCAAAAAAAAAAAGAUGUCGGCUUCUAAAAAGUUAGUGGAAUUAUUCUAUGACGUGGUUUCACCGUACUCUUGGAUUGGAUUUGAGAUUUUGUGUCGAUAUCGCAAUGUCUGGAAUAUAGAUGUGAGGCUGCGACCAGGAUUUUUGGGAGGAGUCAUGCAAGGAGCAGAAAACAAACCUCCUGGAUUUGUACCACGGAAGUUUGAAUAUAUGAAGAAGGAUUUGCAUCGAUUGGGUUGCUACUUCAACAUUCCCCUCGCCCAGCCACAGAAUCCUGCUGAAGUUAUGUUUGUCAAAGGAACCCUGCAAGCAAUGAGAUUUGUGACUGCAACAAAUAUUCUGCAACCAGAACUGACAGAGGUUUUGUCCCGAGAACUGUGGAUGAGAAUUUGGAGUCGAGAUGAGGAUAUAACUGAACCUGCUUCUUUUCAAGCAGUAGCCACUGCCAUAGGACUUUCUAAAGAUCAGGCAAUCAAACUUAUUGAAUUUUCUAAAUCUCAAGAAGUCAAAGACAGCCUGAAAUCUACAACCCAAGAAGCACUUGACAAUGGGGCAUUUGGUUUCCCAUUUAUCAUUGCACAUGUUAAUAGUAAGAAAGAAGUAUUCUUUGGCUCAGACAGAAUGGAGCUACUGGCUCAUUGCCUUGGUGAGAAAUGGCUCGGACCGCUCACUAGCAAUAGCAAGUCAAAAAUAUGAACACACAGUGGAACCUUCUGUUUUCUGAGUUUCACCCACCAGUAGGACUAUUUUGUUCUGAUUGUUUACUAUAUAAAUAAAGUGUUUUUUCUCUAAUCUGACAAAA